AGGGAGAAGCAUCAGCAGACCCGCAGCCACACCUCAUUUCGUCAUCAUGUCAAACACCUCGGCUCUGAGCCUGAACUCCAGCGUCUCCGGGUGGCGCCGUCCGCUGUGGUACCAGUAUGAAGUGUGUGCAGAAGCUCCUCACUGGUUCAUCUUCUACUUUGGUGUGAAAGUGUUGAACCUGUUUGCAGGCGUUCCCCUGAACGUCCUCGUGUUGUGGCAGAUUCUGAGGAAGAAGAGCAAAGGAUCCACAUCUGACGUCUUCAUUUUCAACCUCUCCAUCCUGGACACCUAUUUCGGCCUCAUGACGCCUGUCGACAUGGUCAACCGGCUGUACUUUAACAGUCCGUCCAUCUGGUACUCUCAGCGAUUCGCCUACGGGCUGAAAGACGUGACUCCGUUAUUCCUCACCUGUAUUUGUCUGGAUCGCUACAUCGCCGUGGUCCAUCCCAUCCUGUUCACCGGGAUCCGUGACACUCACAUUCGAAUCGGCGUCUCGGCGGUGGUGUGGGGACUCAUCCUGGCCUACUCGCUGACCAAAUGCCUCUUAGGCAUCAUGAGCGUCAGCGAGGUCUUCAGCGGCGUCAUCCUCUCUGCCUUCUUCAUCAUGGUGUUCUGCAACCUCUCCAUCAUCUGGGUCCUCAGGAAGAGCGUCGCAGGGAAAGAAGCCAUGAACCCGGUGAAGAAGAAGGCCUUCAAAAUGGUGAUUACCGUCCUGGCCAUCAUCGUGGGGAACUAUCUGCCUCCCGUGGCUCUGAUGCCGUUUGCGUCCACCUUCUCGUUCAUGACGCUACACUGUAAGGUUCUUCUCAGCGUGUUCUCCAUCAUGGACCUGAGCUGCACCGUCGAGCCUCUGCUCUACAUCUCUAAGAUGGAUGGAUCUGCGUUCUGUCAUUGCCUGCAGAGUCCCUCCAAGAAACCCAUUACUGUGAGCGUCUGA